GGCCUGGCCUGCCUGCGUCUUACCUGACGCUUACCUGACGCUUACCAGACUGUGACGCUUUCCUUUACGCUCUUUUUACGCUGCGACGGCUGGGUAUGGUACGGUACGGUCAGGUAAGGAGAAGGCUCGGAGGCAGGAAGCGAGGCAGGGAGGAUGGGAGGUUACGGUACGGUCAGGUCAGGUAAGAUACGGCAGCUUCACAUGCACCUUGGCGGGCAGCGGCGCGCAGAGCCAGCGUAAGGGGCUGUUUGUUACCGCAGGGUACAGCUGGGUUACGGCGAGUCACAGCCUGCGCCGCCUGGGGGGCGACAGGACGAGGCUUGUAAGGAAAGAGAGGGAAAACAGAAAACGGCGUACUACGGCGUUACUUCCCAUACAGUACGGGGACCAGGUACCUCUUGCGGAGUUCCUCUUGGGUGGUACAUCCCGCUUCGCUGAGACAGUGCGUACCAAAGAUACAGGCUCUUACCGAGGAUAGCAGGUUACAGGAUACAGAUAGUACGGGAGAGUUGAUGUGAUGGAUCAGGAUCAGCUGUCUUCUCGCGCUGCUUCGUACACUCUCGACCUCGCCCAUCACCAUCACAUCACGCAGCCAUGUCCGGCCUGGGUUGGCCUGCCUCGUUUCGAAACGCCGGCCCAGCCCCGAUCGCCCGCAGUAGUCAGGUCAGGCAGGCCGGGGGUCGGGGGGGUCCCUCUGGCCGCUGCCUCCUGUAACUCGUCCACCGCACUCGCACACACCACGCACACCACACACGAACACACCAUAACACACCAUACAUACCCAUACACACCUACUCUUACACCAAAUAGUACGACUCUAACCUGCUGGGCCUUGCUUCCCCUUCUUAGACUUGCCUUACCUAGCGUCCUGGUACUCCAUUAUUACAUCCAAUACCGCGCUAAAUAACAGAGUCGAUCCCGAGGUAUGGAGCAGGAAGGGUACCACCACAGGCCCUUGACCACGUAAGUCAAAAGAACGCAGGCCAGC